AUGUCUCUCGCACCACCCUUUACUCAAGAAACCGCUCACGCUAAGGUCAAGAAGGCUCAAGACCUCUGGAACGGCCAAAACCCCAAGGUGAUAGCACAAGCCUACACACCCGACAGUGUUUGGCGCAACCGAUCGUCCUUCCUCGCUGGUACGGCAGACAUUGAAGACUUCUUGACGAAGAAGUGGGAAAAGGAAAAGAGCUACCGGCUGCGCAAAGAACUCUUUGCCUUUUCAGAUGACAAGAUCGCGGUUCAGUUCUGGUAUGAGUUCCAAGAUGCCCACGAUGGCAUGAAGUGGAAGCGAUGCUAUGGCCUAGAAGACUGGACAUUCGCAGAGGACGGGAAGAUGCGCAAGCGGCAGAUGAGCGGCAAUGACAUCGAGAUCGAUGAAGCCCAGCGAUGGUUCAAGGACGGCGUCGACGUGAACGCAGUCGAAAUUAGCGAGUCUCAUUGGUGA